CAGACAACAAUAGCAUAGCUCAUGAACAAGCAUCUAGUGUCGACACAGAUUUUACAGAAAGAGAAAGAGUGAAUGCGCUGGGCACUUAUGAUUCUGCUUUUAGUACUAGUUAUGAUAAAGAUUACGCAGCACAAUUUAUUAAUAUUACUCAGGAAUCAACAUCUGCUGUGGAUUUCAAAUCUGCACAAGAAGAAAAUAUAUGGGGUAGGUAUGACCCUGUCGAUUCUGGUUAUGAUAAAGAAAGUGUAGUAGAACAUGAAACAGGUAAUGAUGGUGCUGGUGCUUUCUUCCAAGGUCAGCCAGAUAGUGGCAUUCCGGAAAUGGUUGAAAUGUCAACUGCAGAAAAUGUAGCAGAAGCUAUUAAAAAUCUGCAGAUCAAAGACGACGGAAAGACAAAUCUAGAAGAGAAAGAUUUGGAUGAAAAACAAAAUAUGCCAUUUAAUAAAUUGUCACAGCCAAUUUUAAUAGGCAAAAUUGUUAUCGAUGAAAAUAACGAGUUGAAGAAAAGUGGUGCUAUAAAUUACGUAGAUAUGUUCCAAAAUUCGGAUAUCCCUGAACUACCCAGUGCGUUUGAUGCGUCAUUGCAGAACCCUUUUUCAAAACCUCAAGAGAUAUCGGACGGUGUUAGUGAAGGAUGUGUUUCUUGGAAUUCGAAUGAAGAAGAAGUGGACGAUCAAUCAUCUGCUGACCGCCUAAUGUCAUUAGCCAAUGAAGACUCAGAAGAUGAUAAUUUGUGCGCGGACAAAAGUGAGCAAGAUAAUCUAGACAUUUGUGUGACUUGCAGGGAAGUAAACCAACCUGUGCAGUCGGAACCCGUGCCGGCAGAAGAUUUAACUCACAAAAUGAUUAAAAAUAUAACUGCUCCCAUACAACUUUCAAACCCGGUUGAAGUUCCAUUGACCGAAACAGAUAUAAAUCGAGAUGUUCCAGAUGAAUUUGAUACAAUCAACCAAUGCGCAGAAAUAAUGCUGAUUGCUGAUGAAACUAUAGAAACUUUGCAAAUACAGUCAGCUUCAGAUUUGUUGGAUGAGACUGAAAGCACCAACAUUGAAGCAAGUUACGGUUGGCGUGUUGAAGCUCCGUUGCCUCCCGGCGAAGACCUUUUGGACCACGAUUAUACUUUUAAAGCAAAGUCCAAUGCUAUAGGAUCAUUUUCUAAUAAUAACCUAUUCUUUGACAAUUUAUCUAACUGCGGUGACAUAGAAACUGAUUUAAAUGUGCCUCAGGAGGAGGCUCCCAUAUUGCUGCAAAGUAAAAUGAAUAUUCCCAGUGCCCCACCGGUAGAAGAUUCAGACGAUGCUAAAUCAGACGAAACGGGUGUGCUAGAUGUUCAGUCGAUAGAACAAGACGCAAGCAAAGAUUUUCCAGUUUUUGAAGAAUAUGUUAUUGAACCCUCCGAGGCAGACGAUGACAAGAUAGAAUUUAAAGGUCAAGGCGACGAAGUAAAAGACACUUUUACCAAUAGGGUUGAUAGAUUUAAAAAACUUGAAGGAAAUGAUGAUGCUACAGAGAAAAAUGAUUUUGCUAAUGUGUCAAUGUCUAAUGCGAUGAUGCCUUCGUAUUUUGAUACAGGUAACUAUGCCGUUGAGACACAUGUCAAAAAUUCACUUAAAUCACCGACUAUUGCAAGGAUACCGCCUGGUUUUGAGGAUCAUUAUGAAUUAGUUCCAAAGGGUCAUCAUCAACGUGGAACUGUAAAAGUACCUGAUACUACGACACAAACACAAAUAACUACAACAGUUAGUGUUGUGCACACAAAAACUGAGAAUUUGACAUCGACUGUUUUUUCCAAUAUCACACAUUUAACAAAUGAAGCUCCAAACAUACAAGAACCAGGAUUGGAAACAAGACUGCCUGAUUUUACUGGUGUUUUUCGGACAAAUAUAAAACUUGCUGAUACUAGUGUAACUGGUCCUGAGAAACGUAUAGAACCUACAAAAGAACAUACCUCUGUUAAUCCUCAAGAUAAAGUGCAGGAAAAUAAACCAGUACCAUUACCGGACCCUAUAAAUUUCUUCGCAUCCUCAACACAGGAACCUGAACCGACCGAUGGCGUGAAUAGAUUGGCGAGCUAUUUUGCGGCACCGCCUAAAACUAACAUUACGAAGUCUUUUUUUGAAUUAAGCCAAGGACAAGACCAUUAUAGACAAAAUGAGGAAAUGAAAGGAAGCAAACCUUUUUUUGAGUUAAGUCAAAGUCAAGAUCAUUAUAAAGAAUGUAUAAAUAUUUCAAACAUUCCACACGAUAGAUACAUAGCGAACUUAAAUCUUAUGAACGACUUGACAUCCCCUCAAAACAUAGAGCCUAAUAAAGAGCAAACAGUUAGAACAGUCAGAUAUUUCUCUGUAGAAUACGACAAUGACGUUCUUAAUUUUAACAAAGGUGAACCUAGUCUCAAUAUUAUAAAACAAAACUUAAAUACACAAACUGCUAACCAACCAGAUAUCGUGAAAAAUGAAAUCGAAUUAAAAAAAGAGGAAACCAUUCUAAAUGACGAAAUAUUAACGGAAAUUGUAAAGAAAUGUAAAUAUUGUAUAGAUUUAAAAGCGGGUCCCGUUUUGACGAUUAGCGAGGUCGAUUUAGACAUAGACCAGGUUAGGUUUAGACAAGCAAUGGACGGUGCUAAUAGUCCUAAGAAGGAAGAAGUGGAUGUGGAGCCUAGAAAGGAUAAAGAGCGCUCAGUCAACGUCACGAUGGAAGACGUGGCGUCUGAUGGAGACAAUGGCGAAGGAGUUGCUAUGAUGACAGAGAAUCGCUCCCCCAACGAGUAUGAGCCGGUGAAACACCACUGGUUCUACCGAGCGGACUGUGAAGAUAAGUCGACUUGGCGCGGGUUUUCCGUCACGGAUUCGAGGGCUAUAGAAAACGCGUUUCAGAGCCCUAACCUAAAUGAGGGUACGUUGGUUCCGACCGACGGAGGCAGGUACGAUGUGAACGUGAUUGGACGGCUGAGGAUAGCUGUCUAUUGGUCGGACAAACCCACCAAUGUCAGGAGAUGUAGCUGGUUCUAUAAGGGUACCACGGACGCGCGAUAUGUGCCCUACACGGAGGCUGUAGCAGAGAAAUUAGAGGUGGAGUAUCGUCACGGCGUGACGACAGGCGAGUGGCACCGCCGUCUUUUGCUACCGAACAACGAAUUGGUAGUGAUGCACGGCCCUGCAGUCAUGGUGCAUUUCCUGCAAGCCGGCGCCACCGAUGCAUUCAGCGCACCCAAUCAAUCCACGUUGCGCCCGCGCGUCGUCCGCCGAGGCAUCGACGAAUCAGAAAUCGAGGACACGGAACCAUCAAGUAUAGACCAUCUGCUGUUACUCUGUCACGGCGUCGGCUCCGCGUGCGACAUGCGGUUCAGACCGGUGGAGCAAGUUGUGGACGAUUUCCGAGCGACGAGCCUGCAGCUGUUGCAGUCGCAUUACAGAAACUCUUGCGACAACGGAAUCGUCGGCAGAGUUGAGGUGUUGCCCAUAUCGUGGCACGCGAGCCUGCACUCCGGGCCGCGCGGCGUGGACCGCCGCCUCGCGCGCGUCACGCUCGCCUCCAUCCCGCGCCUGCGCAGCUUCACCAACGACACCGUGCUCGACGUGCUCUUGUACACCAGCCCGCACUACUGCCAGAUGAUCCUAGACACGGUGUGCGGUGAACUGAACCGUAUCUACACUCUGUUCAUGUCUCGCAACCCAGACUUCAAGGGGCGCGUCUCCCUUGGCGGACAUUCGCUCGGCAGCGUCAUAUUAUACGACCUGCUGUGCAACCAACCGAUACCACGGAACCCCGUGAAGCCUCGUAGCGAGAAGACAUACAUCAGCGGAACGGCAGCCAACAACCCCACGAUGCAGUACCCCACUCUAUGCUUCGAGCCAUUAGCGCUCUACGCCCUCGGGAGCCCUAUCGCCAUAUUUGAGUGCAUUCGCGGCGUGGACAUGUUAGGCAGCGAGUUCUACCUACCGACGUGUCGCAAUUUCUUCAAUAUAUUUCACCCCUACGACCCCAUAGCGUACAGGCUUGAGCCUUUGGUGAACCCCGCGCUCCAAGAUGUAAAGCCUUCGCUAAUACCGCACCACAAGGGAAGAAAACGAAUGCAUUUAGAGUUGAAAGAUACCAUGGCCCGAGUGGGCGCGGACUUGAAGCAGAAACUGAUGGAGUCCAUCAAAAGCACGUGGUCGUCCAUGUGGCCUUCAGCCGCCCCGCCGGACCACCAGCUCGAGAAGGUUGUGGAAGAAGAGAUGGAAAAAGAGCAGCUAGAGGAAGAAAGUUCGAAGGAUGAACCCGCCCAGGCUGAUGUGACCCCGGGCGAGAUGCUGGGCCGGCUCAACAACGGUCGGCGAGUGGACUAUGUUCUGCAAGAAGCGCCGUUUGAGAUGAUCAACGAAUACAUCUUCGCUAUGAGCAGCCACGUCUGCUAUUGGGAAUCAGAAGAUGUAAUGCUUCUCAUACUGCGCGAGAUCUACGACUCCAUGGGGGUCCAGCCUGAUGUGACCGUCCCGCAGCAGAGCAUGACUGUACAGAGGACCACUAUAGUUGCCGGUGGUGAAAGUAUCGUGACAACAGACGCAUCUACCAGUCGUCUGCCGUAGCUAGAAAAUCUUCAGUAGAUUUCUUAACAUUUAUUU